AUGUCGAAAUUGACCUCAGAUACGGGUCUGACCAGCACGUAUGGGGCACUGUACUCGGGGCAGCUUGCAGACAGAGCCACGCCAGAUGAACUCGCCAAAGACAUUGAAGGAGUUUGCCUACACGGCCACUUUCCAAGAGUUCUCGAGAUUUCUCCACGACAGUCGGAAGAUGAUAGGGAGAAGGCCAAAGCAUGGAAGUUUGACGAGGACCGGCCACAGACUGUUCUCCUAUACGUCGACCCCCUCAUGAGUGCCGAAUGCGCGCUCGCCAUACUCGAGACCGUCCACUGGGCCACCGACAUCAGUUAUGCCACGCCUGUGCGAGUCAUCAUUGUGUCGAACGCUCCUCUUCCAGAUUCGCUGAAGCGGUUGAUACGUCACUAUGGUCACAAAAGCAUCAGAAAGUUCACCUUCGAGGUCCCCGAAGAGACAAUGGAGGAGCGCCGAGCCAUGUACAAGAUCAUUGUCUGUUACUCCCCAUGGAAAUGGAUCAGGGACUUACCCGAAGAUAAUCAAGGAUUAACUCAGCGAAUUGAGAAAGAUCAUUCGCUUAAUGACCGAUUGAAGAACCUGGAAAGAAUUCCCCACCGAGACAUCCCUAUUCAUGAACCCAAGCAAGUCGACAAGAACAAAUACAACGUGGUAACCGACAAAAAAGGAUGUAUCAUUCUUCAACUCCCGCCAGGAUAUCGCAUGCCUUCUCGCCUCGAUGGUUUUGGACAAAUUCAUCUUUGUAUCAGCACCUUCCGCGAACAAACCAUCUUCGAUCCGCAUACCGAGCAACUGACGCGGGUGAGAUUGCUUACGUCUCAGGAAGAACGACGCGAGCAGGUAUCAUUGGCCUUUCGCACAGUCAAUCCACCAUUUCGAGUGGCGGUGUACUGCGAUGAAGUAACUGUCGACAACUUUCUUGAGUCCGGGGCGUCCGAACGGUGUCUCAAGAUUUGCAAUGAACAUGCUCCCGGCUUCUUGCUGUCUCUUGUUUUUCUUAUGGACUGGGGAAACCGACGUCCUCAGUACCAUCUCAUGUUUCUUUUCCACAGAGCAGCAAAAGUCAACCGCAGCGACGACGAGGGUCCUGCAUCCGCAGAAGAGAGUGGAGUCUUCAAUUCACUUGGAGAUUCGAUCAACGCCAGAGCACACAUUGUUCAACAGCUUCUGCCAAUUCUCGAUUUUAACUAUCGCCUCACUGUCUUGCACGACCUACAGAGUCUGAUAAGGCUCUUCAACUUCCCCCACCGAGGUACUAUGUCAAAUGAGGAAUACAGAGACUCACUCGUUGCGGCGUGUCAUGGUUGGACCUGGCCGCUCGCACAUACAGGGAGCAUGUGGCUUGCCGUGGGCUUGUGGAAACAUGGCGCAACGAUAGUCAGAGACCACAACAUGACUGACUCAAACGAGCGGGCUCUUACCGCAUUGUCAAAUACCUUCAUCUCCUCAUUCAUCGCUGUCCUGCCGGACUUCCUUGCUGAGACCGAAGAGAUGACCGGCUCCGAAUGUAGCGAGAUCCAGAAAUAUCUCGCGUGGGCUUACAUUCAUCAGAUCGUGGAAACGAGGAAAUUGUCUGACGGGAAGAUUGUUCACCAACUAGGUGCAAGCACCAGGGAGCCCCAAGACAACUUUUGUGUCACGCUACCCCCAUGGGCAUUUGACGGCAAUGACUACAGCAACUUCAUCGAGGAAGAUGGCUCGUGCGACGAUGACAUUGAAUGUAUCAUGGGUGUUUUCCAUGGAAUGUCCAGAGAAUUCGCAAUGCCCAACCUGUAUCUCGACGACUGGACAUAUAUUCCAGGUCCGGCGCUUCGACAUGUGAGUCUAAACCAUGAGUACUGGGAUGUUCCAACAUGCACACCCAACCUGCCUCGAGAUAAUGAAGAGCAACAGGCCCUCUCAAGUGGUUUUUACUAA